UCUGACAAGCCCCUCUCUGAGCUGUAUCUCCAGGUUCCAGCCUUAUCCUCCGCUCAGCGAGAGGUCACUCAGCCCUCUAGCUUUUCUACAAACGCACAGGCCACAGCUAAAAAUUCUUGUUUCCUGGUUCUUACUAAGCAGAACCCAAAUCAUGGUUUCGUCUAUCUUCUUGUCUGUAGCUCAAUCUUCAUUCUACUGUAUCUCUGAUUCUCCAAGGCUACCUUCGCCCAGAUUAUUAGCCAAACAGAGUCACCCUCUUAUUAUCAACAGACCAAAUUCAUCACUAAGCUUCGGUACCUCGCCAAUAUUUUCAAUUCCUAAGAGAAGGUUACAUUCAGUUUGCUUCUUCAAUGCUCGAGAAAAAUCUAAUGGCAAUUUUGAUGGGCAGGAAGGUGGACUGGACUGGCCGAUACUUAAGCGAUGGGAAGUGCCUUGGCAAUGGCAAACUGCUUCCUUAACCUCGCUUGCAUGUGGAUUAAGUUUUGUUUUGACAGGUUUAGCAGAGGCAGCAGCUAUUCCAUUACUAGGAAUUAAAAUUGAAGAAUUAAGUUUAGAUGAGAAAGCAGAGUUGCUGUUCUUGGACCAGAGCAUUACGACUGCAGUGGUACUUGGAGUUAUUUAUAGUAUCGCAAACACCUUCCAACCACUUCCUGAAGAUAUGUUUCGCUAUGAUUUGAGGGAACCUUUCAAUCUACAGAAGGGGUGGCUUUUGUGGGCAGUGAUUGGUCUUGUGAGUGCUCUGAUUGCUGUUGCAUUGACAGGAGUUGCAAUGUCUGCAUUUAGUGGUGAGACUCCACAAAGAGAGACUGAUUCUCUUGUUCUGCUUCUUCCAUUAAUUGGAUCUUCAAGUAUCAGCACUGCUUGCUUGGUGGGCAUUACUGGUGUCCUUGCUCCAAUUCUAGAAGAGACUGUUUUUCGAGGAUUUUUCAUGGUGUCUCUGACGAAGUGGGUGCCUACGCCAAUUUCUGUUCUAAUUAGUGCCGCGGUAUUUGCAAUAGCACAUCUAACCCCUGGAGAGUUUCCCCAGCUAUUUGUGUUAGGGAUUAUUCUUGGAUUUUCAUAUGCUCAAACUCGCAACCUUGUAACCCCAAUUACAAUUCAUGCUUUCUGGAACUCAGGAGUGAUCCUAAUUCUCACCUUUCUUCAGCUCCAAGGAUAUGAUAUCAAGGAAAUAUUGCAGGCAACCUGACAGUAGCAGAGUUCCGUUACACAUCAGUAAGGAACCUUUGUUCAAUCAGUGCGUAUUUCUAGCAUACCAUUAUAUUUCUUUUUCGAUUACCUUGUUCAAGUGGUUUAGAAAAAGAGAAAAGGUGCAGGAGGAUACAUAUGCAAAGUUGAUUAGUUAGUCUUAGAUGUAUGAUUAGGAGAAUAACACAACUUCUUUGGCAGGAUUUUGUUACUUAAACUUUGUGUUUUCAAAAAGCUUCAUUCUAUUUGGAUA